AUGGAUAUUAGCAAUAACCUUUUUAUAGGUGUGAUCCCUGAUUGGAUAACCAACAUCAGGGGAUUGACUCAACUUGUGGUGAGAAAUAAUAGUUUCAAAGGCAGGUUUCCUUGUGGAAUAGCACAAUUCUCUGUUCUUGAUAUCUCACAAAAUUAUUUCUCUGGGCCCAUCCCAUCCUGCUUAUUAAAAUUUCAAAUUUCAAAUAUGCAGCAUCUUCAUAUGGGUUCCAACAGAUUUACUGGAUCGGUACCUAAAUUCUUUCGUAGUUUGACUAUUAUUUUGACUUUGGACAUCAGCAACAAUGAUUUGUCAGGCAGGAUUCCUAAAUUUCUUGGCAAACUAUCCACUUUAAGGAUUCUUCUUUUGAGAAAAAAUAAAUUUAGUGGUUCUAUUCCAAAGCAGUUGUGCAAAUUACGUGAUGUGAGUUUGUUAGAUCUAUCGAAUAACCAUCUUUCUGGUUCAAUACCUAGCUACCUUCAAAACAUUACCGGGGGGUAUGACCUUGCUUUCAUAAAAAGAGGCAGAUGGGGAUUUGGAUUUUCCAUUGAAUCCUCUUACCAUUAUGAGAGUACUAAUUUUGGGUUUCGUCCGUCGAUCCCCACUAGUGAAACAGUGGAAACACAAAACGAAGUUGAGUUCACAACAAAAACGCUCUUUCUCCACUACAAGGGUGACAUCCUUGAUUACAUGACAGGAUUGGAUUUAUCUUGUAACAAACUCACAGGUGAGAUUCCAGGAGAACUAGGGUUGCUGAGCCAGAUUCGGGCUUUGAACCUGUCUCACAAUCAGCUGACUGGACCAAUCCCAGUGAACUUCUCAAAUCUUGCGAAUAUUGAGAGCCUGGACCUUUCUUCAAAUGGAUUGACCAGCAUAAUUCCAUCACAACUGGUUCAGCUGACUUUUCUAGAAGUUCUUAAUGUUUCUCACAACAAUCUAUCGGGUAGACUCCCAGAAAUGAAAGCACAGUUUGGGACCUUUACAAAGGCUAGCUAUGAAGGCAAUCCACUUCUUUGCGGACCACCGCUGGAGAAUAAAUGCACGAUAGAGCCACAGGUAACCGAUCCAUCUCUUAAAGAAGAGAGCUCUGAGAAAUGGUAUGAUAUUGAUAUGGUGUGUUUCUAUGGAAGUUCUAGUGCAACAUGUGUUGUGUUCUUGUUGGGAUUUGUCGGGCUUCUUUACGUCAAUCCUUACUGGCGCAGAAGGUGGCUAGACAUGGUUGGAGAAUGUACCAACUUGUCGGGUGGGAUUCAUAAAUUUUUUGGUGAUCUAUCUUAUUUAAGGAUUCUUCUUUUGAGGAAAAUGCUCCUAUUCCCCGGCAGCUUUCUCAGUUACGUAUUGUUGAGUUUCUUAGAAUCCAAAUACAAUGUUUAA